CACAUUUUGACAUACGACUUAUAACAAACACAAUAUCCGAUGACCGAUCCGUUUUCCAGGUUUUUAUUUACCGUAGGAUCUUGUGUGGUAAUUAAUUUAAUGGGUAUAACUAAGAAGAUUUGGUACAACUAAAAAGCGCACCUAUUAGGUUCCAUAUAUUAUAGAAAAGAUCUAAAUUAAGAGCUAUCAUACUCGUAUUUCAUUCUAUUUGAUAUCCACAUUAUAAAAUGAUCAACCCAGAAGAUUUGGAGAAAUGUCACUUCGUUCCUAUGAGUAUUAUGCGCAAAGUGAUUGACUUGAUGGAAUGUCAGGACGCGCUGCAAACACCGAGCAACAUUUGCAAGCGCAACCUGGCGUUGGUUCAGAGUCACAGGAGUACGCGCAAGCUGCAUGACCUGUCAGGCACUUUGACAGACAUUCACAGCUGGAAGAGCGUCCACCAGCUGGCCGUCUGCAAGGCGAUAUACUCGCACGACUGGGACAAGCUGCUGUACUUGUUGAAGAAGUGCCCACCGUGGGAGCAUAACUAUUGGAGGACUUGUCAUGCUUCUAUUUACUUCCGGGCAUUAACAAUACUUCUAAUGUACCACCCAACAUCCCAAGCUAAGGGCCUGUUCAGUGACUUCCUGCACAUGGUGUGGUCAUGUCGCACUGAUGAGGACAAGAAGGCCAUACUGAAGAUCAUCCUCACACUACCAGACAAAUUAUACAAGAAAGUUGAAAGGCCUUGAGACAUUAUCUUGCAUGAUAAAAUGUGGUAUUUGGUUUGUUAAUCAUGAUGAUGAUAUUGUGGACAGAAAAAAAGUGACAUUAAUGUGGGCAGAAGAAGAGGAAAAGAGAGUUGUAACCUUGUCAUAAAUAAAUAGGGAUUCAAUCAAUCAAUCAGCCUCUACUGCUAGAUGAAAGGGUCCCCUAAGUGGGUGCCAACAAUCGCAGUCUAGAGUAGCAAACUUGACAGUAAAACUGAAGGAUUAAAUAGAACUAAAUUAAAGCCUGUUUGAUAGGUUGCAAUUUUGUUACAGUCCAUUGUUGGGACUUCAGUUACAUACUGUAACUAUAUUUCCUGAUAAAUUUUAAAGUUGUCUGUUUCACAAAGUUUAAUGAAUAUUGUCUGCCAGUAAAUGUAUUCGAAAACUAAUAAUUUCGUAUUUGAUUCAGUUAACAUUUAUUAUUAUUGACUGUUUUGACUUUUAUAUUAAAAUGGUAUUUUGAGCACUGUUUAAUUAAAUGUCAUCAAACAUUUACUUAAGAACUGUAAGAUAAUUUGAGAGAGUUACAUACUUUCUAGUAUUGAUAAGUUUUAUUUAUGUUACUGAGUUAUUUAUAAAUGAAAUUGUGUUAUAGUAAUAUUUAUUAAAUUAAAGACAUAAGUGUUUGUGUA